UGCUAGUGGAGCCCGCACAUGGUUCGAUUUUGUUCCUUGAUAUGCACCAUUCGUAUCAGUCAAUCGCUGAACUAUUCCACCGUACGUCCUAUCCGAUCGAGAGAGAUAUCGUUUCUGCUCGCGAGGCGGGGCGCCAACACUCGCUGCCCACGCUCUUGGUCGUGCCUCCAUCCUGAGUCCUCCGCAAUGUCGUCACCGCCCCUCUUGAAAGUUGGGUCUUGAAAGUUGGGCCAUGCCUGAGCGUCGGGGCUUGUGGGCCAGCAUCCCCCGGUCAGGCUCCACGAACGUCUGGUGCAUUUACGUAACCUUCCUGACGUGGCAGACGCAGACGCAGGGGUAGUCGGCCUUGGGAUCGGAUUCUUUUGCCGUUGUGGGGGAAGGAGGAACAAGAAAAAAAGCAGCCCGCCUGUGCCUGUGCCUGUGGUGUGGUGUGCUACCGUCAGCGCCAGCGCCAGAGACAGACCUGCGAACAGGCCCAACAGCAGUCAGCACCGCUCGCAUAAACCCGCGCCCCAGUCUCCCCCGAGACGCCCUACCCAAGACCCGACCCCUCCCUCCACUGAAGAUGGCGCCCAGCGCCCCCGAGAAGGACCGCCACGCCUUUUACGGCGGCCACGCCCGGCCGUCGGCCGACAGCCCCGGCACCUUCACCACCGUCGACCCAUCCACGGCCCAGCCCCUGUGCACCAUCCACACGUCGUCGCCCGCCGCCGUCGACGCCGCCGUGGCCGCCGCCCGGGAUGCCUUCCCCGCAUGGUCCCGCACUCCGCCGGCCGAGCGCGCCCAGGUCCUGCAGCGCGCCGUAGCCAUCCUGCGCGCGCGCAACGACGAGCUCGCCCGCGUCGAGACGCUCGACACCGGCAAGCCCUACUCGGAGACGUCGGCCGUCGACGUCGUCACCGGGGCCGACGUGCUGGCCUACUACGCCAACCUCGUGGCGUCGGGCGGCCUCAACGGCGAGUCGCUCCGCCUCCGUCCGGACGCCUGGGUCUACACCAGCAAGGAGCCUCUGGGUGCGUGCGCCGCCAUCGGCGCCUGGAACUACCCCAUCCAGAUCGCGCUCUGGAAGUCGGCGCCCUGUCUAGCCGCCGGCAACACGCUCGUCUACAAGCCGUCCGAGUUCACGCCGCUGCACGCCCAGUACCUCGCCCAAGUCUAUGCCGAGGCCGGGCUGCCCGCCGGCGUCUUCAACGUGGUCUACGGCGCCGGCGACGUCGGCGCCCGCCUGUCGACUCACCCAGACGUCGCCAAGGUCAGCUUCACGGGCCAGGUUAGCACGGGCCGCAAGGUCGCGGCCGCGGCCGCCGGCGGGCUGCGGUCUGUCACCAUGGAGCUCGGCGGCAAGAGCCCGCUGAUCGUGCUCCCCGGCGCCGACGUGGCGCAGGCGGCCGACGGCGCCAUGAUGGCCAACUACUACAGCUCAGGCCAGGUCUGCACCAACGGCACACGCGUCUUCGUGCCGCGCGCCCUCAAGGCCGCCUUCGAGACCGCCGUGCUCGAGCGCAUCCCCCACGUCCGCGCCGGCGACCUGUUCGACCCGGCCACCAACUUCGGGCCCCUGAGCAGCCGCGCGCACCUGGACAAGGUCGAGGCCUACAUCCGCCACGGCGUCGAGGUGGACAGGGCCCGCCUGCUGUGCGGCGGUGUCGGCAGGCCCGAGGGCGUCCCCGAGGCACUCGGCGCCGGCUUCUGGAUCCGCCCCACCGUCUUCACCGACUGCACCGACGACAUGCGCAUAGUGAAGGAGGAGAUCUUUGGCCCUGUCAUGUCCAUCCUGGCAUAUGACACGAUCGACGAGGCCGUCGCGCGCGCCAACGCCACCGAGCUAGGGCUAGCUGCCGGCGUGUUCGGGAGCGACAUCAACCAGUGCCACGACAUCGUCGCCCGGCUCGAGGCCGGCAUCACCUGGAUCAACACCUGGGGCGAGUCGCCCGCCGAGAUGGCCGUGGGCGGCUGGAAGCAGAGCGGCAUGGGUGUGGAGAACGGCCACAAGGGGCUCGAGGCCUGGGUGCAAAACAAGAGCACCCUGGUCGAGAUGGCCGGCAAGGUCCCGACGGUGUUUGCCAAGAUAUAGCCCAUGUGCCGUUGUCUUGUGGAGAGAGUUGGGCGAGGUGAGACAAUGAAGGCGCAAAAAUUGAGGCCAGACGGGCCAAUUCCUCCAACCGCCACAACUUGGCGCCUCAACGGCGAAGUUUGCGUAAAGUUAUCAGAUCUGCCCAGAAAGGGCAACUAGUUUCACCAGCAUCCAUGUUGUGCCUUGUGCCUUGUCAUCUUGUGCCUUGUUACCUUGUGCCCGACAC